CCCGGAACACGCGUCAUGUUCCUGCUGAAGGAGAAAGAUGACACGCCGGCGUUAUUCACAGAGAUGGGCGAAUUAGGCCUGAAGGAAUGGAGGGAGACAGCACGUUGGGUGAAAUUCGAAGAAGAUGUCGAGCAGGGAGGCAAUCGUUGGUCGAAGCCGCAUGUGGCGACGUUGUCACUGCAUUCAUUGUUUCAAUUGAGAAGUUGUCUCCUGAAUGGCCUUUUCAUGAACGACAUGACUGAAACGGAUUUGCCAGCAAUUAUUGGAACUACUGACGUUUGUGUGAUACUUUUUUUAGAUGUGUUGAUUGAGGAGUUCGUGAAGGAAGGCGAUAUCGAAGAAGACAUGAGGGACGAGCUUCGGGAAAUUCUUAUGCGAAAACACGUCCACCAAUAUGAGCAAGAGUUGAAGGGAAUGGGAUCAAAGUCCAUAGCAAGUUACACUGAGUGGGAUUUUAGCGAAGAACAAGCAAAGAAGAAUGGUGCUAACGGUGAUAAAAGUGGUUUCCUCAGUACGGUCCGCUCUAUAUCCGACAUAGGAAAAUCGUUCUCUCACGGACGCAACUUGGGAAAGCUGGAAAAGGAACAAUUUGGGCCGCAGUUGGAACUGCCGAAGGUCAGUUUCUGGCAUAUAUGGCAAGUGGAAUCGUUGCCACGAGACAUGAACAAGGACGGCUCAUCAGGCGAUAUCAGCAAAGGCAACACGCAUUUCCUCAAAAAACUCCCACAUGGUGUUGAAGCGAGCAACGUUCUGAUUGGAGAGGUGGAUUUCCUUCAACGCCAUAUUUGCGCAUUUGUGCGCCUGAAGACGGCUAACGUUCUUGGCGAUCUCACCGAGGUGCCCGUUCCCACAAGGUUUAUCUUCUUGAUGCUUGGCCCAACCGGUCACGGAUCUCAGUAUAAAGAGAUCGGCCGUGCAAUAGCGACAUUGAUGGCUGAUGAAAUUUUCCAUGAUGUCGCUUAUAAAGCCCGCAACAAGGAGGAUUUACUGGACGGUGUGGACGAGUUUUUGGAUCAGGUAAUGAAUAAGCUAUUAAGUGUGUAUCUUCCAGGACAUGGCAGCGACCCAGCCUUGAAACGUACUGGUCGUUUGUUUGGUGGCCUGAUAUUGGAUAUCAAACGAAAAGCACCGCAUUUCAUCAGUGACUUUACUGACGCGUUCAACUUGCAAUGCCUGGCUACAACUUGCUUUAUGUAUUUCGCCCUUUUGGCUCCGAUCGUUACAUUUGGAGGACUGCUCGAAGAGGCUACUCAUCAACGGAUGGCGGCAAUGGAAAAUCUGUUCGGAGGUGCCAUAUGCGGCGUGGUGUACCAUCUGUUCUCCGGACAGCCGUUGACAAUCAUUGGAUCCACUGGUCCGGUGUUGGUUUUUGAAACGAUCGUGUAUGAUUUCUGCUUGAGGCUCGGCAUCCAAUACCUCAGUUUUCGUUUUUGGGUACACGUCUGGACCGCCACGAUCAUAUUUAUAAUGUGCAUUACUGAUGCCAGUGCUCUUGUGUCAUACAUCACUCGCUUCACAGAGGAGUCGUUUGCUACGUUGAUUGCUGUGAUUUUCAUCUACGAAGCCAUCAUGAAGCUAUGGAAGAUCAAAUCUCAGCUGGAUGUAAUAAACUAUAGCCGUGAUGCCGUCGAAGGAACAUGCUUUUGUGAACCACCAAGUGGAAAGCCACUCAUAACUAUCGAAAAAGCCGGUGAGUACAUUUCGAAGCAAGGCCUUGCUAUCGCGCACAAUAAAACCUUCAUCGACUACGCCGCUAGAAUGCGCAAUUCAUGCUAUUUCCCUUCACGAGUUAGGCAAAUAUUCAGCGAUUUUGCUGUAAUGAUAUCCAUCGUCAUAAUGACUUUGAUCGAUAUGGGAGCAGCCAUAAACACUCCAAAGUUGAAUGUGCCAAGCUCGUUCCGUCCUACAUGGGAUGGCCGAGGUUGGUUCAUUCCGCCAUUUGAUGGAAACCCUUUAUGGACAGCCCCUCUGGCGGCUUUACCUGCUUUAUUAGCAUGUAUUCUGAUAUUCAUGGAUCAACAAAUCACCACCGUUAUAGUGAAUCGAAAGGAAAAUAAGCUGAAGAAAGGCUGUGGCUAUCACUUGGAUUUACUCGUAUUGGCUAUCCUUAUAUUCAUCGUUGGUGUACUCGGUCUGCCAAUCUACGUAGCUGCUACCGUGCUUUCCAUCAAUCACAUCAAUUCGCUGAAGGUUGAAAGUGAGUGCAAAGCACCCGGAGAAGUAGCCCAGUUCAUUGGAGUGCGAGAGCAACGUGUCACUGGUAUAGUGACAUUCCUUAUGAUUGGUUUGUCUGUACUCAUAACAAACUUCCUUGGAAAAAUCCCGAUGCCUGUGCUGUACGGUGUUUUCCUCUACAUGGGUAUAUCGGCUCUGGGUGGAAUUCAGUUGUUCGACCGUAUCCUCCUACUUCUGAUGCCAAUGAAGUACCAGCCUGAUACCAUCUAUAUUCGUCACGUACCUAUAAAGAAGAUCCAUUUGUUCACGGCCUUCCAAGUCGGAUGUCUCGGCGUAUUGUGGACGGUGAAAUCCAUCAAAACAACUUCGCUAACGUUCCCUGUUAUGUUGGUUGUGAUGGUUGCUGUAAGAAAGCUGAUGGAGAAGUUCUUCACAGCGACUGAUCUGAAGUACUUGGACGACCCAAUGCCUGAUUUCCAUCUUAGAAAGAAGGAAGACCUGAAGAGGCGACAGAGCGUAGGAGAACCGGUUGACAUUGAACUGGAGGACAAUCAGGCUACCAUUCAUGCGGUGAAAACCGAAGCACAUCUUCAUAUCCCAAUGGCUAGUGGCAACGUGAUAAAGAUCCCGUUGGCCGCCAUACAAGAGCCAAGCCAUUCCAUUAAUAUGACGAAAGAAGUAAAUAGCAGUGGUAUGUGGAAGCACAUCAGUUCUCGGGACUCAAGAAAUUCUCUCGAUAAGGAGAUGCCGAAAACAGCAGUGCAAAAUGAGGCUCCUCUAGAAACGCCUGAAGAGGACGAGGAUGCAAUCAUGAUAAAGGUGAUUCGACCGUCUCCUCAUGGGUCGUCGACAAAUCUGUCGGAGAGUCAACCUUUACUCAAGGACAAAGACAACGAUAAAGCGUCGCCUGUCUAA